AAUCCCACGUGACUGGCCCUGCGCUCAGACUAUCAUGGCGUCUCCCAGUGGGAAGGGAUCCUGGACGCCCGAGGCUCCUGGCUUCGGGCCGCGGACGCUACCUCGGGACCUGGUGGACUCGGUGGACGACGCCGAGGGGCUAUAUGUAGCGGUCGAGCGGUGUCCACUGUGCAACACCACUCGUCGGCGGUUGACUUGUGCCAAGUGCGUUCAGAGCGGUGAUUUCGUCUAUUUCGACGGCCGCGACAGGGAGAGGUUUAUUGACAAGAAGGAAAGGCUAAGCCAGCUUAAGAGCAAGCAAGAAGAGUUUCAGAAAGAAGUACUAAAAGCUAUGGAAGGAAAACAGCUAACAGAUCAGUUGAGAUGGAAAAUAAUGUCUUGCAAGAUGAGGAUUGAACAGUUGAAACAAACAAUAUGUAAAGGAAAUGAAGAAAUGAAGAAAAAUUCUGAAGGCCUUCUCAAAAACAAGGAAAAGAACCAAAAGCUUUACAGCCGAGCACAGCGGCACCAGGAUAAGAAGGAGAAGAUUCAGCGGCACAACCGCAAGCUGGGGGACCUGGUGGAGAAGAAAACCAUUGACUUGAGGAGUCACUAUGAGCGGCUGGCGCGUCUGCGAAGGUCCCACAUCCUAGAGCUCAUCUCUGUCAUCUUCCCAAUGGAUGAAGUGAAGACUUCUGUGAGAGACCCUGCAGACAUGUCUUCAGAGAGUGACAGUGCCAUGACCUCCAGCAUGGUGAGCAAACUUGCUGAGGCCCGGAGGACAACUUACCUCUCUGGAAGAUGGGUCUGUGACGACCACAAUGGUGACACCAGCAUUAGCAUUACAGGCCCUUGGAUUAGCCUCCCAAACAAUGGGGACUACUCUGCCUAUUACAAUUGGGUAGAAGAGAAGAAGACAACCCAAGGGCCUGACAUGGAGCAUAACAACCCUGCCUACACUAUCAGCGCUGCGCUUUGCUAUGCCACUCAGCUGGUCAACAUUGUGUCUCACAUACUUGAUGUCAAUCUUCCUAAAAAGCUGUGCAACAGGCAAUUCUGUGGGGAAAACCUCAGCAAACAGAAACUAACUCGGGCAGUGAGGAGACUGAACGCAAACAUCCUUUACCUGUGUUCCUCUCAGCAUGUGAAUUUAGAUCAGUUGCAACCACUGCAUACACUCAGGAACCUAAUGCACUUGGUCAGCCCACACUCCGAGCACCUAGGCAGGUCAGGACCUUUUGAAGUGCGAGCAGACCUUGAGGAGUCAAUGGAAUUUGUAGACCCUGGAGUUGCUGGAGAAUCAGAUGUAAGUGGAGACGAGCGUGUAAGCGACGAGGAGACUGACCUGGGCACAGACUGGGAGAACCUGCCAAGCCCCCGAUUCUGUGACAUCCCUUCCCAGCCAGUGGAAGUUUCCCAGAGCCAGAGCACCCAGGCAUCCCCACCCAUAGCCAGCAGCAGCGCUGGUGGGAUGAUCUCCUCUGCUGCAGCCUCGGUGACUUCCUGGUUCAAAGCUUAUACUGGACACCGCUAAUAAGUGUAGACCAGAACAUGAAAUCUUUCCCACUGCACUCUAAUAACCUUGUCUGUAGUUACCAGAGAGGCUAACCUAGCGUUAGGGCAGCACAUAUGCCUGUUGGGUGGCCUGUGAUGGUGAUAGACAUGCUCAGGAUCUCUGCCAGCUCUGAGCUUGUGGCCUCCUGGACAGCUGGUCCUACCCUUUAUACCUGUCAGUGUGCUGGUUCCUGGGAUGCUGAGAGUCUUCCCGACACAAGUUCUAGACUUUAUCAGUUCACGAGGAAGUGUUUCUUAGUGGUGAGGAAUGAAAGACAAAAGCCGAGUUUGUUUUUCUGUUGUCUUUUUGAGAGACUUUCCAGCCACAGUUUUAGUCUUAUUGGGGAGGCGGUUAUCUGGGGGAGGGGAGGAGGUGAAAGCUUAUUGCUGUCACCAUGCAUCACAUUCCUGAUUUUUCUACCACACACCAAAGAAACCAUGGACUUUAUUCUACAGACCCACACCCAUGAAGGGGAGAAUCCUAGCUUCGAUGUAUAGAAAUGUCUAAACAGUUUUCUUGUACUCGGAGGAGAAAUAAGUUGAUUCUUGUGUAAGUCAUUGGAGUUACUGUACUGCACUCAUUUUAAAGUGGGACUUGCCCCCUUCGUCAUUCCCUAUAUGAGCUAAAUGCUGCCUGGGCACUGUUUGAACACUGUCAUUCUCUUGCUGUCCAGUUUCUUGGAGGUGGGUGUUAACUAGUAUCAGGUGUUCCCGGGAAACCCCCCCUGCUUGUUCCUGGGGUCUCCGAGGCUCUGGAGGCAGCACAUUGUGUGGAAUGUGGAGUACUGUGCAGCUGUACCAGGAAUGCUCAAGGACAAUCUUACAGACAACUGUCACAAGAGGCAUUAUGUUCAAGUUUGUAAGUAGUUCUUUUUUUAGUUUUAAUAACUUCAAAAAAGAAAGAAGUCCUAUGUAACAGACCACAGAAAUCCUGUGAAGAAGCGCCCUUCCAGGUGGUGGUGCCACACCUUUCUAGCGUGACUGGUGUGAUGGUACCUCAGGCAAAGUCCUUCAGCAGUUUGUCCAGCCCUCGUUUCUGGUUCCUGCUGUUAGAGUUGAUACUUUGCAGACUGAGGUGCUAUAGAGCUUCUGCUGUUGGUAGACUUGUAGAAAGGACUUUACUCCUAUCCAGGAGCCCCAUGGUCCCUAACUCUAACUCCAGAUCCUCCAUCUGGGGAGGAGGCAGCUUCCCUCUUGCAGGUGUUCAUCUGGCUGGAGUCUGUUCUGCUCAGCUUCAUAAUUGUUGGGCUUGCAUUUUGCCCUCUAGUUCUAGAGUUUGUAGACUAAGUCUGGUGGAAUGAACCGAACCAGCUGAAAAACACCAUGAGCUUCAGCUGAAGCUACAGAUAGUGCAGAGGUCACAACUCAUGUCUACAACCAUUAAUGAAAAAGAUGCAGGAAGUGUAGGGUUGACGGGGUAUUUUGUUUCUAGUAUCAAAUAGAGGCACUUUUGUCACUUUAUGUCAUAGUAAAUGGUGGCCCUAGGCUGCAGAAAUGCUUUGAGUUUCAUUGUGUUGCACUGGAUCCACGUGUUGUGAAUAGUCUUAAAUACACAUUUCAACCACUGUUUUCCCAUACUUUUUGCUGCUCAUCAAAACCUUUGUUGUAAACAGCUUUUUGAAAAGAUGAAGCUGGUAUUUUUUUUUUAAACCAAAAGCCAUAGAAGUUGGUCAUAUUUUCCAUUUUAAAAUGGUUUAUUGAAACAAGGUAAUACUAAUAGAAACUCAGAGGCACCAUGUAGGCUGCUUUAAAGAAUCUCAUAAAACACCCAUAAGUAAUUGAAGAGAACCAAUAGUGUAACUUCCUGGAGAGACUAUAAGUCAGUAUGGUAUGGUGGACAGCAUUGGGCGAGGAUUCGGGUGUGCUUUGGGAAAGAGCUGCAGCAUCACACCCCCGUGCUGCUGUGUCUGAGACUUCCAAGUCAGGGUGAGUCACACACGUUUUCUACUCUUUUAUUGUAUUACUGCAAUAAAUUCUUUAACAGUACUUUGCUA